AACGAUUGGUAGUGAACAAAGCAACGGAGAGUUCUUGAUGCCAACGCCAUUUAUGUCUUCAUGGUGGUCAGGGUGCGACGAAAGUCCAUAUUGAAAUUAGAACGUUAUUUCUUAUCACUUUUUUACUAUUGAAGUAGGUUUUUCGUAUUGCGCAGCGUCGUGCAAUAACCAUGAACCUAGAAAUUCGACAGUCCUGCGUCAAAUGCCCUCUACAGCAACCAUAAGAAACAUAACGGCCAUAUUGUACAAAGAACUGAAGCAGCUUAAGUUCGACAGAUGUCGCUAUUCAGGAAAUGUGCUCGUUAUUCAUUUUAUUUUACUCUUUGUUGAUAUUUGUUAAAGCGAUUCAAAUUAAAAUAAUUUGUUAGAAGUUUCGCUUAUAACAAUAUUCUAGAAGUUCCAGAUAUAUUUAAAAUGGCAGAAAUAUCCGACAGUGACACAUUUAAAAUUUUGAUAGCUACUGACAUUCAUCUUGGCUAUCAACAUGAAAGAAAUAAAGGUCAACUACUAUAUGAUAGUUUUACAACAUUUGAAGAAAUUCUUCAAUAUGGUAAAAAAUAUAAAGUUGAUUUUAUACUCCUUGGAGGAGAUCUUUUCCAUGAUACUAAACCUUCUCAAACUACUAUGGUUGAAUGUAUGGACUUAAUAAGAAAAUAUUGUUAUGGUCCAGGAGACAUUGCAAUGGAGUUUUUAACAGAUCCUUCUACAGUUUUUGAACAUUGUCGUUAUAAAAAUGCCAAUUACGAAGAUCCAAACAUAAACAUUAACAUGCCAAUAUUUACAAUUCAUGGAAACCAUGAUGAUCCAAGUUUUAGUAGUGUUGGUUCUAUGGAUACACUAUCAGUAGCAGGACUCGUUAAUUAUUUUGGAAAAUGGAUGAGUCUUGACAAAUUAACUGUAGAACCUAUAAUAUUAAGAAAAGGUUCUACAUUAAUUACUUUGUAUGGCUUGGGCUAUGUCAAUGAUCAAAGAUUAUAUAGGCUUAUAAAAGAUGAUAAACUUCAGCUAAAAGAAGUAGAAGAAUUUCCAGAAUGUUUUAAUAUUCUUGUUUUGCAUCAAAAUCGUGUACAGCACGCACAAAAUGAUUAUGUCCCAGAAAGUAAACUACCACCAUUCCUUAAUCUAGUUAUAUGGGGACAUGAACAUGAGUGUCGUAUUACGCCAGAAACAGUUACAGGUGUUCCAUAUUUUAUAACUCAGCCAGGCAGUUCUAUUGCAACAUCAUUAUGUCAGAAUGAAAGUAUAUCAAAACAUGUUGGGCUACUAUAUGUAAAUAAGUUACAAUUCAAAAUUAAAAAACUAAAAUUAAAUACUGUUAGACCUUUUGUAUUUGAUACUCUAAUUCUCUAUAAUAAUCCUGAAAUUGAAGAAAAAAGGAAAACACAACCUACAUCUUCAAAUGCAAGCAUUAUUUCUGAAUAUGUAGAUAAAUAUAUAGAACAUAAACUUAUACCUAAAGCAAUAGGACAACUAACAGGACAUCAUAAGCAGCCAAAAGAGCCCUUAAUUCGUUUACGAUUAUUUUAUAAUGAUGAACAAGAUGUAUUUGAAACUACAGGGCUUUCACAAAAGUAUUGCGAUGAAGUACUCAAUCCUAUGAGUAUGAUCCUUUUUCGUAAAACUGCUGAUACCUCUAAAUCAAGUAAACAUAGUAUUAUGAAUGAUUCAUUGGAUGAUUUAGUAGAUAAAUUUCAUUUUGAAGAUGAAGAAAGGGGUUGGACACAAAGCGUUCAAGGAAGUAUUAAAGAAUAUUUUGAUUCAGAAGAGAACAAAGAUUUGUUAACAAUCUUGUCUGUUACUGGACUGAAUGAAACAUUAAGUCAAUAUAUUAUAAAAGCGGACGAAGAGGCUAUACAAGAUGUGAUACAAAGUAAAAUAAAUAAAACCAAGGAACACUUGAAGAAACAACGUUUAGAAAAACCUGAAGAAAUUCUAGAUAAAAUUAAGGAAUAUAGAGAUGAAAGAAACAAGAAGGAAGAAGAAGAAAGUCGAGAUGUAAUUAAUUUUCUGAGUACUAGAUUAUCAAAGAAAAAAAGAGCACAUUACAAUAAUGAUGAUGAUGAUGAUGAUGAUGAUGAUCAUAGCACUGACAAUAAUGAUGGCAAUGAUAGUGAUGAUAAUAUUGAUGAUGAUAAUGAAAUAAGUUAUUUAGGUAGAGGUAGAGGAAAACAAAAUACAAUUACAAGAGGAAAAGGAAGAGGAAGAGCAAGUAGCAAAGUUACUUUAGAAAAGGGUUCUAGAGGUGCAAAAGUUAAUAUGACAAACAAAAAUAAUAAAGAUUCAUUCACAUCGUCUGUUAUACUCAACAAAGGGAAACGGUCAGUACAACAGAUGCAACCUACGAUAAAUCAACAUAGUACUACGUUUUUGAGUCAAUUACGUCGACCGGCUGCGAAUACGUAUAUAGAUGUCUCAGAUAGUGAUUAAUUAAAGAGCUAUUCAUUUCUAAAGAAGAAUGAAAAUAGAAC